AUGCUGGUGUUCGGCAUUCUAGUCGGCGUUCUCGUCACCCUCAUCAGCUAUUUGUUGUUGUUGAUGAGACGACGCCUUAACUAUUGGCAUUCGCGGCAGGUGGCAUGUGAACCCCCACACUUGCUUUUGGGCAAUUUCAGAGGGAUGCGAACGAAAUAUUCCUUCCCCGAAAUAUGGAUGAAUUAUUAUAAAAAAUUCAAAGGCUCCGGUCCGUUUGCCGGAUUCUUUUGGUUCUCCCAUCCGGCGGUGUUUGUUUUGGAUUUGGAAUUAAUCAAAAAUAUUCUCACCAAGGAUUUUGCGAAAUUUAUGGAUCGUGGUUUCUUUCACAAUGAAGAAGAUGACCCGUUGACGGGACAUUUGUUUUUCUUGGAUGGGCUGAAAUGGAAAUCGUUGAGGCAGAAGCUGACACCCACUUUCAGUUCGGGUAAAAUUGCCAAAAUGUUUCCCAUGGUAAAGGAUUUGACGGGACGUUUGGUGGACACAAUGGAGAAGAAGUUGAAGGAGUCCCAGGAAAGUGGCAAGGAGGAGUGGAGAAAUGUUUUGGAACUUAAAGACCUAUUGGCCCGAUUUGGUACCGAUGUCAUUGGCUGCUGUGCCUUUGGCAUUGACUGUAACAGCCUUUCGAAUCCCGAGGCCAAAUUCCACAUAAUGGGCAAGCGAUUGCUUAGUGAACCGCGCAAUGGCCAGCUGGGCAAUGCCUUGGCAUUUAAUUUCCCCGAUUUGGUGAAAAAGUUCCACAUGAAAAUUAUACCCGAUGAAAUAAGUGAAUUCUUUAUGGAUUUGGUUAAGACGACCAUCAAGACGCGCGAAGAAAAUCCCACGGAAAGGGAAGACUUUUUGGCUAUGCUGAUGGAGUUACGGGAGGGGAAUCAAAUUAAAACCGAAGAUGGAGAAGAAUCGAAAUCCCUGACCCUGGAGGAAAUUGCCGCCCAAAUUGUUUUAUUUUUCUUGGCGGGUUAUGAGACCUUUUCGACCACAGUAGGAUUUGCCCUCUACGAACUGGCCAGACAUCAGGAGAUACAAAAUCGAUUACGGCAGGAAAUUAUGGAGGUGUGGGAGAAAUAUGAAAAGGAUUUCACAUAUGAGAGCAUCAAGGAAAUGUCGUAUCUGCAGCAGGUUAUACAGGAAACCCUACGUCUGUACAUACCCGUUCCUGUUUUGAAUCGCAAAUGUUUGGAAGAUUUGGAAGAUCCUGUGCCCGGACACGAUGAAAAAUAUCUCAUUAAAAAAGGAAUGAAUGUCCUGAUCCCCGUAUUGGCCAUACAACGUGAUGAAGAAUUUUUCCCCCAACCGGAUGACUUUAAUCCGGAGAAUUUUUCACCCAGUAACUGUAAGGGCCGAGAAUCUGUAGUCUAUAUGCCAUUUGGAGAGGGACCACGUAACUGCAUUGGCAAACGAUUUGGUGAAAUGCAAACUGCUUUGGUGCUGGCAACCCUUGUGAAAAAUUUCAAAUUCUCCACUUGUCCACAAACUCAAAUACCAAUUGUAUUCAAUAAGGAAACUUAUUUCUUGGGUGCGGCACAUGGCAUCUACUUGAGGGUGGAGAGAAUUUGA